CAGAAGAUUUAUGAUUGGCGGGAUACUGAUCAGCAUCAUUGCGAGAAAUUGGACACCAUUGGCUCUCCCAAAGUCUUUGUCUAUGUAAAAAAAAAAAAAAACUUAUUUAGAAGAAACCUGUUUACUUGCGAUGUUUUUAAUUCAGUAAUAAUAUCUAAUCUGUUUAAAUUUAAUUUAUGUAAUUUUAAUCUUUUUCUUUGUCAAAUUAAUUUCAAUGAUGAGAGGAUUUUAUCUUGAAUCAUUGACUUCUGCUCUAGGAAUUUCUUUAUCGGAAUAUAAAGUGUACUCAUGUGGACGAGAAAAAAAAAAUAAUGAUAUCACAAUAGUAGGCCCUUUGUUGUCGAGAAGACACUGCCUUUUUUUAGUGACGCAACGUGGCCUCCAAAUCUUGGAUCUCAAUAGUGUCAAUGGCAUAUAUAUAAAUGGAAAUAAAAUUCCAGUAAACACAUUUAAAGACAUUGCUAUCAAUGAUAUUGUUGGAAUCGGAACCAACAAGACUAAGGACUUUAAUUUUAACAAUGAGUUUGUGUAUAGACUUCACUUUCUUGAUACAUAUAAAUCUGAGAGCUGCUCUCAUGACAAAAAAAGAAAAUUAGAAAGUGAUUUAGUACCACUGCCAAAUAAAUUAAUUAAGAAAGAAGACACUAAUGAUGCAAUAGAAAUAAGUGAUGAUGAUGAGUGUCAGUUUUUAGGAACGACGGCUCAAUUAUCAGUUAGCGAUACUGAUAGUGGACUCGAUAUCUCGACUGGGAGAUUUUCGGAAACUCAAUUGGAAAAACGGAUUAAGACUGAGUCAGAUAAUUCGAAAUUAAAUGACUCAAAAAAAUCUAAGGAAGCCAAAAUAGCUGGAGACAAAGGGAGUAAAAGAGAUAAAACAGUUAGAGAUGAAAAGAGUAGAAGAGACAUAUUCAAAGAUCUGUUUGGUGAUCCGUUUGCGAUGAAAAAUAAAAGUAAUGAUAAAAAUAGAGUUAAAAACAAAGAGCAGGAUAAAGAUAAAAUUAAAAAUAAUAAUAAAGGAAGAGAUGACAAAAAAAAGAAAUCUUGCGAGGACAAAAGUACUAGUCAAGAAUGUAGUAGAGAAUCUAUUGUACUAAAGAAGAAAAUUAAAGUCUCUGAACGUACGAUUGUUGAAAAACAAGCAGCGAAGAAAUCUACAUCAGCUGGACUCACUGAUUCAUCAACGGCAGCUGCGUCAGCUAGAGAUUUGGCUUCGGAAAGUUCUUCACCUGUUAAGACUGAUUCGAAUACAGGCAAAAGAGUUUCUACCAGUGGAGAAAAAACAAAACCAGACAUUACUAGUAGUGAGAAAAAAGAUGCCAAUUCUUCACCAAGUCCGGAUGCUGAUACUUUAGUUAAUAAAAAUAAAGACAAAGUCAUUGAAAAAAUUUUUCCUGGAGAAAACCAUCAUCUGACUGUCGACUGUGAUGAGGACGCGGAUGUUGAAUUACUUGCUGAGUGUGAACAAUUACUUGCUGAGGAUGAUGAAAAAUUUAGAAACGAUAAAAUACAAGUACAGCAAAUGUUAUCCCGUAGAACCAAUGAAUUUUUGUCACAUAUUUUUAAGUGGGAUCUAGCAUGGUUAGAUCCUGAGAAAUAUAAAACGUCAAAGAGAACUAUGCCAUUAGAAGGUGAGUUGAUACCACAGCUAGGAUCUUAUGCAAGUUAUGAUGAUUAUGACAAAAUAAUGUGUAACUUGAUCUUGCAAAAAAUAUGGUUCAAAAUAGAUCACAGUGCUGAGGAUUUAUUUAUGAAAAAAAAUCCUUCUUUUUACGCAACCGUGAAAAAAAAUUCAAUUAAAAAGUCACCAAUUGGUUUAGCUGAUGAGACAAUCACUGAAUUUGAAAUUGAAAUUGAACUACCUCUCAAUCGGUCAGAACUGAAAGACUUACGACAUCCUGAAAGUCACGAUUUCCUUAUGCUUGAGCUGCCCGUACAGACUAAUAACGGAAAAAUUGAAUACCAAAAAAUAUUCGCUUGCACAAAAGAUUAUCUUAAAACACCACGCAUGUUAACCUAUGAAAUCGCUACCGGAUCUUUGCCAACGAAUAUUGUGUUCCAACGAAAACUGACAUUGCGAAGUGUCUGCCGUAUUGAUAAAUUUAUACGCAUGGCUAAAGCUAUCAAAUUUUUACCGUUCACUCCACUGAUGAAAGGUGUAAUUCAGCCGGAUUCCAAUAAAGAAGUCUAUGCUUUACCAAAAGUACCAGAUUAUAAGCCACCCAAACUAAUUACUAAUGAUAAUUUGACUGGAGAUCAAACAGAAGCUGUCUUACGCGUCGCUAAUGCACUCGCUGGGCCUGAUCCUAAAAUUUGUCUUCUAGAAGUCUCACGUUCGAAUAGAUUCGACAUUAUAGUAAAUAUUAUUACGGAGAUAGUUUACGGUAAAAAUAAAUACCGAACUGAUGAACGGAAUCGUAUACUUGUGUGUGCUCACAGUGAUGCCUCGGCAGAUGAUAUUACGAGUAAAUUAAUUGAUGUACGGGAAAAAUUGAAAAAUGAUCACAAGCCGAUGGAAAUAGUUCGUAUAGGCAAUCCUAGAAUAAUAAAUCCACGCACUCAAGAUGUUUUUCUAAAUGAAAUUACGCGUUCAGUGAUGAAUAAAGGAGUCAGUAAUGCCAGCGUAGAUCAAGAAGUGAACCGUCUGCGAUCAAAAUUCAAUCAAAUAAAUAUGCAAUUAAAGUCAAGUAACUGUUCACCUGCUGCUGAACGCCAAUUGACAGAUAAAUUGAAACAUUGUGAGUCGGAACUAUUACUACUGAAAAAGAGCUGCAAACAACCACAUUAUGAUGAUAAAGAAUUUAAAGAUGUGAAUAACAGUAUAUUGUGGAAAGCGGAUGUUAUCACUUCUGUCUCAUCGUCGUUUUUCAGUCAUCAGAUGGAGUCGGCGUUUGGUCUCGAAAGUCAAAAUAAAAUAGACAUAUGCAUUAUCGAUGAGGAAAACUUCAAUUAUGAGCCAGGGACACUCACAACUUUUAUGCUUGGUGCCACUAAAAUAUUACUCAUAAGAGAUCCAAGCGUUUCGGUUAAUUUCGAUGUUAUCAAAGCCAAAAAGUUUGGUAAUCAAUCGCUGUUUUCACAUAUCAGUGAAUAUUUCGACAAUGAAAGCCCAGUUAUAUCUUUAACUCAUUAAUGAGUUUUAAAAAAAAAAAAAAAAAAAUGAAAAUAAUUCAUUUGUUAUUUGAUGGAUAAAAAAUUGUAUGUUCUACUAAAAUCUUUACGGAUGUUACGAUUGAAAAGUAAUUUUGCUUCUCAAUAUUUUGAGUUAUUUUUUCGAUUAGUAUUAUUUUUUUAUACAAAAAAUUAAAUUUUUAGUCAGUUUAAUUGUUAACAUUGUAAGCUAUCAUUAGUUAAAAAAUGUGGAUAAAAAACUAUCAUUACAAUUUAGUAGCCUUGUAAAUUUUAACAGAUGUUAAAAUACUUUAUUCGAAGAAUUAUCACUGCAAACAAACAAAGGCUCUAUGUAAUUAUUUCUAAUUAUAUUUAUUAUUUAUAAAUAAAUAUAAAUUUCAUUAAUAUUACUCUGAUGUAAAGUACAACAGGUUGUUAAUUGAAUCGUCAAUUAUACGAAAGAACAUUUUUAAUGUUAAUAAUAAACUAAGACAAUACAAUUUUAAUUAUAGUAUUGACAAUUUAAAAUGAAUUCUCUUUAACAAUAUAAAUUUGGAUAUCUUUCAUUUGUUAUUAACCAGCUGUUAAAGUUAUUACUUGUUUCUCUCAUUGUAAAUGUUUUUAUUUUACAAAAAUCUAUCCCUUGUGGAAUAGAACAUAGUAGAAGAAAUUCAUCGAUACAUACUACGCAGUUCUUACUCUUAUCAGUAUUUGAAACAUAGCUUCUCAAAAGACUGAUGAUCAAUAACGAAUGCUUAUAUUUAUUUAUGUUCAAGAUGAUAAA